AUGCAAGCCAAGGAGAAAGUAUCAGCGCUGUAUCAGAAGCUGGAUGAUAAGUUUGCUCAACAAUUUGGAUUUAAAAUAAAAGACGUCACAUUCAACAGAAUAGUUGAGUACAUGUAUGCUCCAAAGGAUUCUUCAAGUUUAGCUGUCACCAGGAUUUUGUUUGGACUGGCGAUGCUGUUUGACAUCCCGGACGAGCGCGGCGGUGCCUCCAUGGUGAAGCGCUGGGGCGACCCUAACACCUGCCAUUUUCCAUUACUGCCGUUUAUAACAUCAGUCGGCAUGCCUUACAUGGCCCUUGUUUAUGCAGCACUAUGGAUUGGCGCGCUCUGCAUCAUGCUAGGCUACAGGUUCCGUGUAGCAGCACCCGUGUUCACCGCGUGCUACUGGUACCUGUUCCUGAUAGAGAAGAGCUUCUGGAACAACCACAGCUACCUCUUCGGGCUGGUCGCCAUGUUGCUCAGCUGUACGGAGGCUAAUUGCUAUUGGUCCCUUGACGCUUAUUUAGACCCUACAACAAAAAAGGCAACAGUGCCAUACUGGAAUUAUUUUAUCCUGAAGUACCAAUUUUUCAUACUGUAUUUCAUGGCUGGGAUGAAGAAAGGUACAGCGGAGUGGCUAACUGGGUAUUCUGUGCAGAAUCUCAGUGAACAUUGGGUGUUUGACCCUUUCAAAUUCUUCUUAACAGUGCCCCAGACGGAUUACCUGGUGGUGCACUGGUUUGUGUUUAUGUUCGACCUGACGGUGGCCAUCUGGAUGAUGUACGCCAGCACAAGGCACGUUGCUAUGGUCUUCUGUGCUCUGUUCCAUUUGAUGAACAGUAGACUCUUUCGGAUUGGCAUGUUCCCUUGGGUGUGUUUGGCUACAAUGCCAUUAUUUUACCCGUUUGAUUGGCCCAAAAAACUAGCACCGUACUCAAAAUGUUUAUACCGAAAGGCGCAACAGACUGUCUGUUCUAAAAUUAAACAAAUGCGGAAGGAAGCAAAGUGUGACUGUCUUCCGAAAGAUUCAAUGGAUCAAUUCGAUUCUGAGGAAAAAAAUAUGGAACUUAAAGAACACGAAGAAAUAGUUACUAAUAAAACAAAUAGAAAUGGAACAGAUGAAAUUAAUAAAGUUGAAACCAAACCUGAUAUUUGUAAGGAAUUGGCAAACAUUGAAGAAAAUAGUGUCAACGAUCAAAAUAAAUAUGUUCAUAAAGAAGAGAAACCAUCAAAUGAAGUAGCAACUAUUGGCAAUGAUUUGCACAAAGAUAACAAAAGAAGAAAAACUACAGUGUAUUUGAUUAUGGCAUACGUUUUUAUUCAAGCAUUUCUACCUUAUUCACACUUUAUAACAAAGGGUUAUAACAACUGGACAAACGGUCUCUACGGUUACUCCUGGGACAUGAUGGUCCACACAUGGGACGUUAGCACUGUCAUCGUCAAAGUUGUGGACAACGAAAGCAACGAAAUGAUGUACAUUGACCCUCAAAUGUACACUCUUAACGACAGAUGGUCUCGACAUGGAGACAUGGUCUACCAAUACGCGCAUUGUUUAAAAAACAAUCUAGAAAAAGUGAGAGAAAUAAAUUGGCGUUAUCCAUCGAAGGUUUUGUCUAGAAACAUUUCAAUCUACGUUGAUAUUUGGUGUUCAAUGAAUGGCCGAUUCGUCCAAAGAAUGUUUGAUCCGAAGGUGGAUUUGCUCAAAGCGUCGUGGUCUCCGUUUUGCAAGGUACCGUUCUUGAUGCCUUUACUGGACGAGGCGAUACAUUGGAGGAAGGGCAUGGAUAAUAUUAGGAGCGAUGUUCAUUCCUGGAGCGAGUACAGUGAUGUGGUUUUCUUUGCUGAUUUUCCAGGUUACGAUCAAGAAAAAUACAUUCCAGAAGAGUUGCAAAAUGUUACUCUAACUAUUCUAGAAGGUGAUGUCGUCUUCGAACCCGAGCUUGGUGGUCCCACUGGGAUCGCCGCCAACGCCGCUCUGUCAAUCGCGCCCGGAUAA